ACAGCCGAGACACGGAAGAUAAGGUAGGCCAUUGGCCGAUCAAGGAAGGUGGAACACGCUCCUCAUCCGCUACAGUUUCGUGUGACGGGGCACAUCGGCUGCCAUCACCAGUCCAUGUCCCUACUCAUGCUUCCUAUAGUACGGUAGCGUCGUAAUCUCGAGGCUCCUUAGCCUCCACCACUCGACACAAUGCGUCAGCCACCUAAUCCUGAGCAGUCACACCGCACCAUACGCAUCAUCUCCGUCGUCGCAGCGACUGGUAUCGCACUCAGCUGCGGUACCAACUAUGCGUACUCAGCAUGGGCGCCGCAAUUUGCCGAGCGCCUCAACCUCAGCGCAACCCAGCAGAACCUCAUCGGCAACUUUGGCAACAUCGGCAUGUACGCUGUAGGCAUCCCUGGCGGCAUACUCAUUGAUUCGAGGGGGCCAAGAUGGGGUGUCCUCAUGGGCGUGAUAGCUUUGGCUUGCGGAUACUUUCCCUUACGAGCAGCAUAUCUCGGUGGACCCGGCAGCGUUGGCAUGCCCGCCUUGUGCUUCUUUGGGUUGAUGACGGGCGUGGGUAGCUGCACAGCAUUCAGUGCGGCGCUGAAGGUGUGCGCGACCAACUGGCCACGCCACAGGGGGACAGCUACGGCGUUUCCGCUGAGUGCCUUUGGAUUGAGUGCGCUAUUCUAUACUGGCAUGAGCGCCUUGGUCUUCCCAAACGACACUGCAGGCUACCUUCUAUUGCUUGCUUGUGGCACCACCAUUAUGGUGUUUGUAAGCAUGUUCUUCCUUCAGAUUGUCCAUUCCGCCCCGCAAUAUGAGAGUGUACCUUCCCACGACCGGCCAGACUUAGUCAGACGAGACAGCAACCGCCUACGGCAUACUCACAAGCACAAAACGUCGGACACUAAGAGGACUGAUGGCGAGCCUGUCUCGGAAACGUCAUCGCUUGUUCCUUCUGACGCGAGCAGUCCGGGUGACGUCGAAGAGCAGAAGCAGCACAACCAUCACCACGGACCAGACAUCACUGGCUUCCAGCUACUACGAACGCCAAAGUUCUGGCAAUUGUUUAUCAUGCUUGGCCUAUUAUGCGGCGUCGGUCUCAUGACAAUCAAUAACAUAGGGAACAACGCACGCAGCUUGUGGCAUCAUUACGACGAUAGCGCAUCUCACGACUUCAUCCAAAAACGGCAACUAAUUCAUGUCUCUCUGCUCUCUUUCUGCUCUUUCCUGGGCCGGCUGAGCUCGGGGAUCGGAAGCGACUGGCUGGUACACCAUCAUGCGUCACGAUUCUGGACUCUGGUAGCGUCCGCGCUCAUCUUCACCACUGCGCAAGUAGUUGCGCUCACCCUCGAGAACCCGAACCAGCUCUUCUGGCUAUCCAGUCUCACAGGGCUGGCUUACGGUUCACUCUUUGGCGUCUACCCAGCGCUGGUGGCUGACGCAUUUGGCCCAUCCGGCAUGGGCAUUAACUGGGGUGCUAUGACGAUGGCGCCAGUUGUGUCUGGCAACAUCUUCAACCUGGCAUACGGGCGCAUUUUGGACCAACAUAGCCAUUUCCGCGGAGAUGGGGAAGGUGGCGGUGAGAGGCUUUGCGAGGAUGGUAAAGAUUGUUAUUCAAGCGCUUACUGGCUCACGCUGGUAGCGAGCGCGGUCGGCGUGCUUUGGGCGCUGUGGUGCAUACGGCAGGAGAAGUUAGAGAGAAUAAGGGAGAUGAAGGAGGAUGGAAGGAGAGAGCAUGACGGCUGAUUGCACCUCAAAUGGGUAAGACACGGGUCGUGAUUAUGGAAGAGAAGGCUCUUUUGCCUUCACGCGAGAACCUCGAAGGCGGUGCAAUCCAGCACCAGCUGCGUCUGCGGCGUAACGUGGAAUUGAGCGGCACAUCCCGGUCGAAUGUGCAGGAUACUCAUCAAGGAUCAAGGUCUUGUGGCUGAAGCUGCUCAUUCGUAGGCGAUGUUGCACCCUCC